AUGAUAGGACCCAUCUCAGACCAAUUCGUCAGAAAAGCCUAUGUGGCGGCGUACGACCGUCGUUUACGCCACCCAGCCUGGACAGCUGAGCAUCUAACCCUUGCAUCUCUCGGCAAAUCUGCCCUCGAAGGACCACCUCCAAACAGCGAAACCGGAGACCGUCAAAAGGCCACAUUCCAGGAAGACACGAGCAUCCCUCCUCCUUUCCGCGCACGGUUGCAAGACUACUUUAGGAGCGGAUAUGACAGGGGCCAUAUGGUACCGGCGGCGGACGCAAAGCGGUCACAGGAAGCGAUGGACGAGACUUUCCUUCUCUCAAAUAUCGCACCACAAGUCGGCGCUGGUUUCAACAGACACUACUGGGCAUAUCUAGAAGACUGGUGCCGCCGGUUGACAACCUCCUUCGCCGAUGUCUACGUAUUCACGAUCCCUCUUUACCUCCCUCACCGCGAACCCGACGGAAAAUGGCGCGUGAGCUACGAAGUCAUCGGCAACCCACCCAACAUCGGCGUCCCCACCCACUUCGCAAAAGUCGUCCUCACCUCCCGCCCAUCCUCGCCCUCGACACCAAACAUCCCCGAGAUCUCAACGGGCGCGUUCGUCCUCCCGAACGCGAUCAUUCCAGAUGACGCGCCGUUGGAGAGUUUCGUUGUUCCAGUGGACACGGUGGAACGCGCCGCGGGCCUCACAUUGUUCUCGGACGCGCUCAAGACGGGCUCAAAACAUAUCUGCAAGUCGACGAAGUGCGAAGUUAUCGUGCGGAGAUUUGAUGAUGCGCAAAAGAAGAUCAAAGGGCCUCGGUGA